CUUCCCACAUCCACCUUACUCGUCCCCUGAAGAGCUCGACACUAGUCAUGGAACGUGAGAGCGAGAGAGCCGCAAAACGGCGCAGGCUGGACGACGUUUCCGACUCUGACGGUACAGACUUAUUCGACCCUUCUCACCUAGUCACCGCGGGGAAUGUCCAAAACGGCGAAGCAGAGGCGAAAUCUCCCAACUACAUACAGGGCUGCGUUGUGAUGCGAUGGGCCUCGACUCGUCGUAUCAGGCUCUCGAAGGACUAUGGAAAUGGUAUAGCAGUGGAGAUACAGUUGAAUGGACCCUGCGCCGAGCUGUGGGAUUCAUUCGGUUUCGACAUUGGCGACGUGCUGGAAGUCAGCUUGGAAGGAGCGUCUAUAGAAAAGACGAAGUCUGCAGGAAUCUUGUAUCUUGUCUACAACGAAGGUAUCGCCUUAAAAUACCUGACCAGAAGUAAGAAGCCCGCAGAGAACGGACGAAUCAUCAAUUCAUGGAACGCUAUUCAGAGGCCGAGUCAAGAGAGAGCCUCGCCAGAUCCCGAUGAUUGGUUCUCAACUCCAAUCAAAGGACUUAGAAAACGAUCCAAAUUCACUAACGAAGAAAAGGAGAAAAUCUCACCCUCAUAUGAAGGUGUCGAAGGGCCUCCCGCGACGCACGCCCUUCCUGAUGCUGCGAUGGACAAUAAUUCUCUUGUCCUUUCCGUCCCGCUGGAGCCAGAACUCAAAUCACUGAUACCGGAAUCUGCGAAUAACAGCGCAAAGAAUGUACCACCUACUGUCGGAGAAGAGCCGGUGCCUGCAGCUACCACGCCUUGUGAGACUAUAGAGGGGACUCAAAUGGACAUGUACCACAUGCCAAUGCGUCAUCCAACAGCUCAGCGCUCCCUGAAAGCGUCUGUCGCCCCGGAAGUCCAAGAUGUCCCCAAAGAUUUUACAGAGGAAACUCGGACUGAGACGAAAAAGGAGAAACGCGCUCGCAUCAGACGGGAGAAACAGGCUCUUAAAGGGCAGCAAGCGUCCGAAGCGCCAGGCACGCCGGAAAUGCAUACUGUUGCUGAUCCUCUUAUCCUGCCCGUAGCGCCUUCCGUCCAAGAGACGCCGCAACCAGCUGCUGUUGUACCUAAGGCGGAGGCAUCCCGGCCGUCUCCAGUUGUAUUUGCACCUGCGAAGACCGAGGAUCCUGCACUGGAACUCAAAGCUGGCUUACGAGCAUCUACAGACUACUAUAUCCCUUUGGCCAUGGCACGUUCACAUUACGAGUUCAGCACCAUAGCCGUUGUCACCUACGCCUCCAAUCCAGAGAGGAAGGGAGGCGGUGAUUGGAUGAUCUGCAUAAGCCUUAUCGACCCAUCCAACUUUGAACAUGAAAGUGGAUAUGGUUUCGGUGAAAAGGAUGGAUUCAAGAUCAAUUGUUUCACUCAGAAAUAUCAAGAAUGGCUUCCUCGGCCACAGCGUGGAGAUGUUGUUGUCCUGAGAAAGGUAAAAAGAUGCAUAUGGCAAGGCAAUGUAACAGGCACCGGCUACCAUGAUAAGCUUCGCUGGGCUAUCUACUCACCCUCUCUAGGCCGAACACACCAUGGCGAACUCGGCUCCGCGCCUCGAGCGGCCGCGCUCGACGGCGGUUUCGGCGCUGACUUUAGCCCCUUCUGGGAGCCGGAAGAGGACGAAUUGCAGUACUGCAUCAGGCUGGCGGACUGGUGGCAGGCGCUGCAGAAAGAGCGGUUGAAGCAACUGGGGACCAUCCACCACAUCUCAGCGCCGCCGAGGUGUUCGGGUGGCCAGGGGAAACAACACAGACUCAUCUGCGAGUGCAGACCGGAUAUGGAACCUGCAGGUUUCUUCAAUUGCACCGUUGAGAUUGUCUUCUUGUAUCUGAGCGACAAUGACGGUCCACAUAGUCUCUACGUGACAGACUACACGAAGAAUGCCGCUCCUAUGCCCUUCAACACCGCUUGGUGCCGUGCUGAGUUCGCAGAGUACGUCCUCAAGAUCGAGAUAUGGGAUGCCGCCAAGGAAUUGUGCAAGAAUAUGCAGGCAGGCGAAUACUACUCGCUUGGGAAUAUUAAGUUCCGCUCCGGGUCAAGUGGAUACUAUGAAGGCAAAGCCAACAAUGUCAAAUGCGUCAAAUUGCAUGCGGAGGACGAGGCAGCGAAAGAACACCCGCAUCUGCAGGCUCUUCUUCGGAGGAAGAAAGAGUGGGAGGAUAAGAAUGCUUCCAAGUCUGACUUCGAACAUACUCUUAUCGAAGAGAUACAGAGGGACAGAUUUAUUGAUUGUACUGUCGAGGUUUUACACGUUGUACAUAAGGGCGAUCCCUCAUACCUCUAUGUGACAGAUUAUACCUCGAACAACUCCCUGCCGCUUCAGGACGCUUCUUGGGUUGAAGGCUUAGAGAACUGCGUACUUCUCAUUCGACUCUAUGGAAAACAAGCAGAGGACGCUAAGGCACUCGAGGUUGGAUGUUACUAUAACAUCCGGAGCCUCCAGGUCAAGAGACGGUCAAGCGAAGACGGUUUUCAGGGUCGUAUCGGAGGAGAGGGAAGACAUUUCUUCAAGCUGAGAGCUGAUCGAACCGACAAUCCUCAGUUGCAGGCGCUGCUCGGGCGUAAACAAGCAUGGCAAAAUCAGAAGAACCAACUUCCUUGGAUGCAGACAGUUAAAGCAAAUAGCGAAGAUCGGCGUCCCCCGACGAAUACAGACGAACGGAGUGGCAAGGAUGUAUCGGGAAGUGUAACCAUCCAGACUACAGAUUUACGCCGCAAGGGCUACUCUACUCUAGAAGAAAUUCGUACAAGUACCGAUUCUCCAAAGAAGUGGAAGGUCUUCGCCCGGAUCGUCGAUUUCUUCCCGCUUACGUUACCUGAGUGUUUCUUUCUAAGGUGCACGCGAUGCAAGAGGAAUCUCCCCGCAAAUAGGAAGGGAUGUCUAGAAUGCGAAGAUGACGGCGUUGACGACCCUGUCUGCUGUUUUGUUCGCCUCUUCUUCCGACUGCAAGAUCCAGAAGGAACAGAGCUGGAUGUAUCAGCUUGUGAUCCUGACUGCACCUUGUGGAAGGACUUCCAGCCCGCAGACCCGUGCGACGAUGAGGGUAUUCUGGAAGAUUUCCAGAGCCGCCUCCGACCUUUCUUGGGGAAUCUCUUUGAAGUGCAUAGUGGCAUUGAGGAGAACGUGCGUAUUGAACCGGAAACCUCUUUCCUCAGUUGUACUGUGUACAGUUGGCCCCUAGGCGACGAUAGUGGAUCCAAGGGUUACGCCAUCAUGGACGUCGACGACCUUGAGAAGCCUUGAACUUUGCGUG